CGCCGUUACAAUACAGAAUCAGUAAGCAAUACGAUUCGUACAUUUACUGCAGUUAAAUGUCCGAAGCAAUGGAAAGUUCACAAACAGUUCCGGGUUUUACCUGGCCGGCAUCUUCAGCGACAAUCCAAUCAAAAAUUACCUUCACUUGGUAUGAUUACGCUCUCUUUUCGUCAAUGCUGGUAUUCAGCGUAUUGAUUGGAAUAUGGUUUGGUUUCAUCCGGAAACAAAACACCGCCAGUGAUUACCUGCUUGGUGGCAGGGCGAUGAAACCAUUUCCGAUUGCUAUGUCACUCGUAGCCAGUAAAAUAUCUGGAGUGGCUCUCCUGGCCAUACCUGCAGAUGUAUACAACUUUGGAAUUAAUUAUUCCAUUAGUUGUAUUUCAGUUUUUUUGACUGCAGUUAUCAACGCCUAUGUUUACCUGCCUGUUUUUCAUAAAUUGCAAAUGACCAGUACUUAUGAAUAUUUAAAAAUGCGCUUUAAUGCACAAAUCCGUAUGUUGGCGUCGUUUCUUUUCACUCUAUACGUGUUAUUACACUUGCCUGUGGUAAUAUACGUACCCGCUCUGGCAUUGGAACAAGUGACUAAUAUUAAUAUACACAUGAUAACACCUAUAAUUUGCUCCGUGUGUAUUUUCUAUACAACAAUCGGUGGAUUGAAAGCUGUUGUAUGGACGGACAUGUUACAAUUCUGUGUCUCAAUCGGCGCCAUUAUUGCUGUUCUUUAUAUGGGCUUGAUAUCCGCUGGUGGAAUAGGCAAUGUUUUUAAUAAAGCAGCGGAAGGAGAACGUUUUCUUCAACCGGACCCAACACUACGUGACUCUUUCUGGGUGAUUGUUUUGGGAUGGUCCUUCAAUUCCCUAUCAAUGUUGGGAGUUUCUCAAUCUUGCGUACAGAAAUUCCUAGCGUUGCCAACAUUAAGCGAUGCAAAAAAAGCUCUUGCAUGGUAUGUAGUAGGUGCUGUCACAGUAAAAAUCACUUGUAUAUUAACAGGUCUAAUAAUGUACGUUAAAUAUUUCGGGUGUGACCCGUUAUUGUCCGGGCAAAUCACGAAAGCGGAUAAAAUCCUACCACAUUAUGUAAUGGAUGUAUCAGGAUCUGUGCCUGGAUUACCUGGUUUGUUUAUCGCAGGAAUCUUUUGCGCUUCUUUAAGUACCCUAUCAGCGUCAUUGAAUUGCCUUGCUGGAACAAUCUACGAAGAUUUUCUGUCCCAGUACAUGUCAAAAGAUAUCACAGAACAACGAGUUGGAUAUAUUCUUAAAGGUUUGGUGAUUGGCAUUGGUGUUAUAUCGGUAUUACUGGUACGGGUUGUGGAACACCUUGGGAAUCUACUACCGAUUAUGAUUAGCUUCACCGGGGUUGCAUCAGGCCCACUUUUGGGUAUUUUCACCCUGGGUAUUCUAUUCCCAAAGGCCAACGCAAAGGGUGCAAUGGUGGGUGCCCUCACAGCCCUAGGAAUGAUUUCAACAUUGUUUGUGACCGUGCAAUAUUACAAAGCACACAAACUGAUCACAUACACCUCAAAACCGGUUUCAACCGAAACCUGUGACUUUGAGUUUACGCCAGCAAACUCAACUAAUAUUGAUCCUCGUGCACAAGAUGAUGUUCUAUGGCUUUUUAGAAUCUCCUUUUAUUACUACACUCUUAUCGGAGCUAGUAUCACAUUACUAGUUGGCAAUAUUGUCAGUGCAUUUACCCAGGAUGACUCUCCUCCGGUUCAUCCUGAUCUCUUGUCGCCGAUAAUCCGUCGGUAUCUGCCAGACAAGAAGCAGUAUUACACUGUGGACCGCGCUUUGACCAUGGUCACAUACGAUUCCAACAAACAAAAAGCCACAAGUUGAAUUGGAGCGCUUAUCGCUGGGUCAGCGCAGUAAACAAGAUACUCUUAGGCUCGUUUAUAUAUUAUUAGUAAAAUUUGUAAGACUAUUUGAACUUAAAUAAAAAUACUAAAAAUAC